UUAAAGGAAGGGAAGAUUUUAUCGAAUUAAGCUGACAUCAAGUGGCGUAUAUGUGUAUACAAUAAGAUAAAUUUUGAUUAAAUUCCAUUAGAAUUCUUCGAGCGCAUGCACGUGAUUUAUGGUUUCAUCGAAUAGUUACAACAAAUCGAUUUGUAUGCAGUUACACGAAUCCAAAUGUAACAUUGUACAAUACGUAAAAUCCAUUGAGCAAUAUUCACCAGUCUAAUUUUGAACAGACCGAUUCAUGACAAAUGCACUUUGCAUGUACGCACUUUGAACUAACACUCAUCUGAAAUUAUAUAUAAAAUGUUAUUUUAGAUGAUUUAAUCACAAUAAAUAAGUCAGAAGUUCUUACAGCCAUAUAAUGUAAUCUGUUAAAAUGUAUCGUACAAAUCAAAAUGGGCAACCCCAAAGGGCAAAUACUGAACCCAUUCAUCAAAAUCGAACAAAUGGAGGAAGGCAACCUCCUCCUAUAAAUAUUCCAAUAACAGUUUCGGAGCAAUUUAGAGAAUCAUGGUUAACUGCUAUUAUUGGACUUAUUAUGUUUGCAACUGGCAUGUGCCUUUUAUUUUGGAAUGAGGGAAGAGCAGUAAAAGUAGCACAUUCUUUAGAUGAAGCUUUACAUAAUGUAGCAGUGCUUCCAAAUACGAUGAAAUUAUUACCUGAAUAUGAAGGUCGUUUGAUACAUUUAUCAGGCCCAUUAAAGAUAUCAGAACCAUUAACUGAACCUGAUUAUGGCGUGAUUGUAUCAAGUGUGAAACUGAAACGCAGAGUUCAGAUGUACCAAUGGGUUGAGAUAGAAGAAGAAAGAAGCUUUGGAGGAGUAGCAGAAGAGGAAAAGCAUUAUUAUUACACAACAGAAUGGAAAGAUAAACUUGUUGAUUCAGAUCAUUUUUAUAUUAGAACUGGUCAUCAUAAUCCAAAAGAAAUGCCUAUUAAAAGCCAAGUGCAGAUUGCAGAUGAAGUUAAGAUUGGUGCAUUUACUCUUGGAACUGAAUUGAAAAAGAAUUUUAAUGAUUUUGUAGAAGUUACCAGUGAUGAAAGACCUGAAAGUAGAGAUAUUAAAAUGCACUCGGGUUUAUACUAUCAUAGCUCUAAUUUAUGGGAACCUGAGGUAGGUGACAUACGUAUACAAUUUUCCUACGCAGGAAAAGGAGGAGAUAUAUAUUCCAUAGUUGGCAUGUUGCAAAAAGGAACUAUCGUGCCAUAUAUUACAACACAUGGAGAAGAAAUUUUACUUCAACGAAAGCACAAAAUAUCAGUAGAUCAGAUGUUUCAUUUAGAACAUGUACACAAUUACUGGCGUACGUGGAGUAUUAGAGGGCUUGGAUGGUUGGUCCUAUUUUUAGCAGCAACAUGUUUAGCAAAUAUAUUAAGGACAGUAAUUCUGAAUUCAACAUUCUUAUGUGGAAUUAUUGCAGUUGAAUCUUUAACAAUGUCUGUAUCAAUGUCUAUUAGUUUACUAGUAAUUGGUUUUGCUUGGGUUUGGUAUCGACCAGUAAUAGGUCUUUGCCUAGCAUUAGCAUCAAUUUUACCAUUUAUUUAUUCAACAUUAACAUCAGCAUCUCAAUCUCAAAACCGUGAUAAUUAUAGAAGGUUAUGAAUUUUUAUUAAAUAAUUAAAUUUUACUUAUGUAAAUAUAUUAACAUAUAUUCUCUUUUUUAUUAUACUUCAAUGUGCUUAUUUUGUGUGAUCUAACAAAAAAUGUCAUUAUAUCUAGUCUUACUAAAUUUCAUCAAUUAUAUCGUAAACUGUUAUAUUAUAGAAAUGUCAUUAAUAGUUACAAAUAUCUAAAAUAUAGGCAAUAAAUUAUUUUGUAAACAUUAAAUACCUUUGUAUAAUUUUAUGAA